UACACAGUGACGCAGAGUGACAGAGUCGAAUCCAAAGUAACCGCCAUGGCAAAUGGCAACCUCUUGUUGAGCCAUUGUCCUUACCAGUACCCGUGCUGUCUUCGACCCAAAGACCAGCUUCUCUGAACUUCCCAAGCUGAUUCUCUCUCUCUCUGUAGUUUCAAUAUUUUAAUUUUAAUGAAUUUUGAAUCGACCAAAGCAUUCUAUAAGCUAUACUAUUAUCACACAUUCCCUCCACUAAAGGCACCCAAACCGAGGCUGUCUUAUCAUCUCCCAGAUCUCAAUCCAUAUUUCUACCAUUUAGCUGUCGGUUCCUCCAGCAUGGCUCCGUCGAUGGCGACUUUAACCGACCGCCGUCCAUUGGUUUCCAUGGUUGGUGGUGGCAAAGCUAUGGUCGAUGUCGACUCGGGAGAGCUGAGUCGAGAAACUGGCCCUGAUUGUUUGCGUGAGAAGCACGUGAGAGUCGCGGGGAAGGAUGGCCCGCGGCCUCGGCUCACACGGCAACGGUCGUGUAAAGAAAAUAUUGGUCAUAUAGCUGCUGAGACUUAUUUGAUUACUCGGCUGGCUUUCACGCUUCUGCAAUAUUUGGGGGUAGGUUACCGCUGGAUUACACAAUUACUUUCCCUCGGAUGUUAUGCCUUGCUACUCAUGCCGGGUUUUCUACAAGUUGCAUAUUAUUAUUUAUCCUCAAAGCGAGUAAAGCGGAGUGUUAUUUAUGGAAAUAUGCCGAGAAAUAGGAUGGAUCUAUAUUUGCCUGCUAAUAUUUGUGAACCUAAACCAGUUUUGAUAUUUGUAACUGGAGGAGCAUGGAUUAUUGGGUAUAAAGCCUGGGGAUCCUUUUUGGGACUGCAGUUGGCAGAAAGAGACAUUAUAGUGGCAAGCAUUGAUUACAGAAAUUUUCCCCAGGGAACCAUCAGUGAUAUGGUCAAAGAUGUUUCACAAGGAAUUUCUUGCAUUGUGAAAAACAUAGCUGAUUAUGGAGGUGACCCUAAUAGGAUUUAUCUAAUGGGGCAAUCUGCUGGUGCUCAUAUUUCUGCUUGUGCUUUAUUGGAUCAAGCAGUCAGAGAAUCUGGAAAAGGAGAUAGUAUUUCUUGGAGCGUCUCCCAGAUAAAAGCUUAUUUUGGCUUAUCUGGAGGUUACAACUUAUUGGAUUUAGUGGAUCACUUUCAUCAACGUGGCUUGUAUCGUUCCAUUUUUUUAAGUAUAAUGGAAGGUGAACAAUCUUUGAAGAAGUUUUCCCCAGAAGUCAAAGUUCUGGACCUGAGCUUUAAAGAUGCCAUUCCUCUCUUGCCUCCUAUUAUUCUGUUUCACGGAAGUGAUGAUUGUUCCAUACCGUCAGAUUCCAGUAAAAGGUUUGCUGAUGCUCUAAAGAAGGUGGGUGCAAGAACUGAGAUGGUUCUAUACAAUGGAAAAACACAUACAGAUUUGUUUCUCCAAGAUCCAUUCCGAGGUGGUAAAGACGACCUAUUUGAACACGUAGUUUCUGUCAUACAUGCUGGUGAUGAUGAAGCUCUUGCGAAGGAUGCAACAGCACCCCCAAGAAGACGCCUUGUUCCUGAGUUUUUAUUAAAGUUGGCCAGCAAGAUCAGCCCCUUCUGAUCUUUUCGCUAUCCUCAGUUGCUUUGCUGUCUCCUGCCCAAGGUUUUACGUAAAAAAAGUCAAAACUUGUCAGGUCUAGGUUUCGGGUUAAUAUCAGUUACUGGGUUUUAUGGCCUCUUAAUCUAACUCGACCCGAUUCAACCCUAGAAACGGUUAUUUGAUGAAAAUCAAGCUAUUGGGAUGUCAGUCCAGCGGUCCAACUGAUCGGAUUAUAUGGUUUGAUCUUAUGUUCAUUUUGGAUCCUUUAACUUGAAUUUCAAAUGUGGGAAUGUUGUGACCUUUUUGGAUCCUUUAACAUUGAUUACAAUUGUUGGAAAGUUUUGAUUGUUUUGGAUCCUGUAACUUUGAUUUCAAAUGUGGAAUGUUCUAACCUUCGUAGAUCCUUUAACUUCUAUGACAAAUGUGGGAAAGUUUUGACCGUUUUGGAUCCUUUAACUUUAUUUCAAAUGUGAGAAUAUUUUUUUUUUCAGAUACUUAUCUUUGAUUUUGAUGGUUCCUCUACAAAUAAGAGAAUGUUUUUCAUUCCUUAAUUUGGAUUAUAAAUUUAGGAAGAUUUGACUAUUUGGAUCAUUUAAUGUGAAUUAUGAAUGUGCGAAUGUUUAGACGGUUUUAAAUCUAAUUGCAAAUGUAGGAAUGUGGGAAUGCUGUUUUGGAUCCUCGAACAUAGAUUUUGACGGUUCCUAAACAAAUUUGAGAAUGUACUGAUCGUUUUGGAUCCUUUAACUUCGAUUACAGAUUUAGAAAUGGUCUGACCAUUUUUGAUACUUAAACUUUGAUUUCAAAUGUGGGAAUGUUCUAAUAUUUUUUUAUUUUUUAAAUUCGAUUACCACUUCAACUUUGAUUUCAAAUGUGGGAAUGUUCUAACUUUGUUGGAUUCUUUAAAUUUAAUUACAAAUAUGGGAAUGUUAUUAGACCGUUAAACAUAAAUUUUGAUGGUUUUAAAAAAAAUGUGGGAAAGAUCUAACUGUUUUGUAUCCUUUAACUUUGAUUACUAUUGUAGGAAUGUUCUAACCGUUUUGGAUCCUUUAACAUUGAUUUCCAAUGUGAGAAUAUUUUGAUCGUUUUGGAUCCUUUAUCCUUUAUUAAAAAAGUGGGAAUGUUGUUUUUGAUUCUUGAACAUAGAUUUUGAUGAUUCCUAAACAAACGUAGGGAGGUAUUGACUGUUUUGGAUCCUUUAAGUUUGAUUAUAAAUGUAAAAAUGUUCUGACCAUUUUGGAUCCUUUAAUUUUGAUUUCAAAUGUGAGAAUGCUCUAACUUUUUUAGAUCCUCUAAAUUUGAUUGUAAAUGUGGGAAUAUUGUUUUGUACUAUUUAACAUAUAUUUUGAUUGUUCCUAAAUAAAUAUGGGAAUGUACUGACUUUUUUUAUCUUUUAGCUUCGAUUAAAAAUAUGAAAAUAUUCUGACUGUUUUGGAUUCUUUCACUUAAAUUUCAAAUGUGGGAAUGCUCUAACCUUUUUGGAUUCUUUAAAUUUCAUCACAAAUGUGGGAAUGCUUUUUUAGACCCUUUAACAUAGAUUUUGAUGGUUUCGAAACAAAUGUGGGAAUGUUCUGACUGUUUUGGAUUCCUUAACUUUGUUUACAAUUGUGAGAAUAUCUUGGCCAUUUUAGAUCCUUUAAUAUUGAUUUCGAAUGUGAGAAUGUUUUGAUCGUUUUGAAUCCUUUAUCUUCUAUUACAAAAAUGAGAAUGCUGUUUUGGAUUUUUAAACAUAAAUUUUGACGGUUCCUAAACAAAUGUGAGAAUGUAUUGACUAUUUUGGAUCAUUUAAUUUUGAUUACAAAUGUAGAAAUGUUUUGAUUGUUUUGGAUCCUUUAACUUUGAUUUUAAAUGUGGGAAUGUUCGAACCUUUUUGGAUCCUUUAAAUUCGAUUGCAAAUGUGAGAAUGUUGUUUUGGACCCUUUAACAUGGAAUUUGAAGGUUUCUAAACAAAUGUUGGAAUGUUCUGAAUGUUUUGAAUCAUUUAACUUUGAUUACAAUUGUGGGACCGUUUUGGAUCCUUUAACUUUGAUUUCAAAUGUGAUAAUGUUAUGAUCAUUUUGGAUUCUUUAUCUUCAAUUACAAAAGUGGAAAUGUUGUUUUCGAUCCUUGAACAUAGAUUUUGAGGGUUCCUGAACAAAUGUGGGAAUGUUCUGACCGUUUUGAAUCCUUUAACUUCAAUUAUAAAUGUGAAAAUGUUUUGACUAUUUUGAAUCCUUUAACUUUGACUUCAAAUGUUGGAAUGCUCUAAUCUUUUUGAAUCCUUUAAAUUUGAUUACAAGUGUCAGAAUGUUGUUUUGGACCCUUUAACAUAUAUUUUGAUGGUUCCUAAACAAAUGUGAGAAUGUACUGAUUGUUUUAAAUCUUUUAACUUCAAUUAUAAAUUUGGAAAUUUUUUUACCAUUUUGGAUCCUUUAACGUUAAUUUCAAAUGUGGGAGUUGUGUGCUUUUUAGAUCCUUUAAAUUUUGAUUACAAAUGUGGGAAUUUUGUUUUGAACCCUUUAACAUAGAUUUUGAUGGUUUUGAAAUAAAUGUGGGUAUGUUCUAAUCAUUUUAGAUCCUUUAACUUUGAUAAUAAUUGCGGGAAUGUUUUGACCGUUUUGGACUUUGAUUUGAAAUGUGAGAAUGUUCUAAUCAUUUUGGAUCCUUUAUCCUAGAUUAUAAAAGUAGGAAUGUUGUUUUCAAUCCGUGAACAUAGAUUGAGGGUUCUUAAACAAAUGUGAGAAUAUACUGACCGUUUUGGAUCCUUUAACUUUGAUUAUAAAUGUAGAAAUGUUCUAACCUUUUUGGAUCCUUUAUCUUUGAUCGCAAAUGUGAGACUGUUUUAACAUUUUUGUAUCCUUUAAAUUUGUUUACAAAUAUGGGAAUGUUCUUCUGGAUCCUUUAACAUAGAUUUUGUUGGUUUCUAAACAAAUGUGGGGUUGUUUUGAUCGUUUUGAAUCAUUUUACUUCGAUUACAAAUAUGAGAAUAUUUUGACCAUUUUAAAUACUUCAAAUUCGAUUAUAAAAGUUGGAAUGUUGUUUUGUAUUCUUUAACAUGUAUUUUGAUGGUUCCUUAAUAAUUGUGGUAAUAUUUUGACUGUUUUAGAUCUUUUAACUUCGAUUACAAAUGUGGGAAUGUUAUUAUUUUGGCUCCUUUAACUUUGAUUUCAAAUGUGGGAAUGUUCAAACUUUUUUUUGAUAAUUGAUUUCGAUUACAAAUGUUGGAAUGUUCUGAUCAUUUUGGAUAAUUUACCUUCAAUUUCAAAUGAGAGUAUUUUUUUUUUAUACUUUAACUUUGAUUUUUACAGUUCCUAUACAAAUAUGGAAAUGUUUUGAAUAUUUGGACUCUUUAACUUAGAUUAUAAAUUUGGGAAUAUCUGACUGUAUAGAUAAUUUAAUUUGGAUUCCAAAUGUUGGAAUGUUCAGACCAUUUUGAAUCCUUUAAAUUCAUUAACAAAUGUGGUAAUAUUGUUUUUGGAUCUUU